AUGGCCCGUCCGGCAGAUAUGAACGCAGAGAUCGAUCCAGAGAAAGCUGUCUCACUUACCUUUGUCGCGCAGAAAUCUCGUGAGGAGAUUGACCCUCUGCGUUGCCGCACCGGCACGCCAAUGUUCGUCGCGCGCUCACCCGUUCUCGGCGGUCUCCUCCUCGGCUCUGUCAAUUUCCGCCGCAUGCUGGCAUUGCCCUGCGACGUCGCCGCGAAAUACCAGACAGCGCACGCCGGUGAUUCCUCUGGCCUGCGCGCCUUCCGCGACGGUGAUACCACCCAUCACGGUGGAGUCUACCACAGAAAAGAUGUCGAACGCAAGUACUGUGGCAACUCAGAGCAAAGACGCAGAGACUUCAGGCACCAGCCGCGCCACGACGCCGAGUCCGUCUUCUGGUGCAUGGUCGUGUUCCUGCUGCUCGCCGUGCCGCUGGGCAGCCCCGAAGAAGACCCCGAGGAGUCCUGCCUGUACGCCCCCUGGAAGCUCCUCGCCAGCCACCGCUUGUUUUCGAUCUACGAGCCCGCGGAUAGUCGGCUCCACAUAAUCGAGGCUGACGUGCCGAGCUGGGAGGCAUGGCUGCACCCGGGCCUGCAGCAUGCUGCCCGCCUCAUGUCCUUGCUGGCAGCCCAAGUCAGCCCGGAGUGGGGCAUAAUCCAGCCGCCGCCGUACAUGCUGCAUCUGCACGAAGCGAUGCAGCGCAUUAUCCUUACGCAUAUACACGUCUGGGAUAAGGAGAACAAGGACAUCAGAUUUGAUACGGAGAGGACGCGCGACACGACGGACCCGAAUAGUUGGACUUAUCAGGAGCGUAGAACCCGCCAAGCGGCCGCUACACUAGCCCCCAGCAAGAAGAGUACCAAUAUCGACACUAGUGUUCUUAGAAAGCGGCCGCUGCCUGAAGAGGACGACGACGACGAUGAGGAGGAGGAAGAGCAGGAACAACCCAUAGCAAAAAUUCCGUCCUUCCGCCUUAUUUAA